CGGAGUAGCGGCGGGUGUUUACUGUAGGCUGGGAGCGGGGCUGCUCGAAGCUGCUGGGGACUGAGGCACACGCUCCUCUUUGUCACUGUCUCCGUAUCAGUUGUGCCUGUAGAGCGGGAAGCCGCAGCGCCCUUAUCUCUCUCCCGAUGCCCACGUUAUGGUGCCAUAGAUCAAUUUGAUGGGUCUCUUACGGAUUAUGAUGCCGCCCAAGUUGCAGCUGCUGGCAGUGCUGACCUUUGGGGUCUUAAUGCUCUUCCUGGAGAACCAAAUCCAGAAGCUGGAGGAAUCCAAAGAGAAGCUUGAAAGGGCAAUAGCACGUCAUGAGGUACGAGAAAUAGAGCAGCGGCAUUCCAUGGAUGGCACCCGGCAGGAAAUUGUGCUUGAUGAUGAUGAAGAUAUUUUAAUAAUUUAUAACAGAGUUCCAAAGACUGCCAGCACUUCCUUCACAAAUAUUGCCUACGACCUGUGUGCAAAAAAUAAAUACCAUGUACUUCACAUAAACACAACCAAAAAUAAUCCAGUCAUGUCUCUUCAAGAUCAGAUGCGCUUUGUGAAGAAUGUCAGUUCUUGGAGAGAGAUGAAACCAGGCUUCUAUCAUGGACACAUUUCCUUUUUGGAUUUUACAAAAUUUGGCGUUAAAAAGAAACCUAUUUACAUAAAUGUGAUUAGAGAUCCUAUCGAAAGACUUGUCUCCUAUUACUAUUUUCUGCGCUUUGGUGAUGACUAUCGACCAGGUUUACGGAGACGUAAGCAGGGAGAUAAAAAGACCUUUGAUGAAUGUGUAGCAGCUGGAGGCUCUGACUGUGCUCCAGAGAAACUUUGGCUGCAGAUCCCGUUCUUCUGUGGCCACAGCUCAGAAUGCUGGAAUGUGGGCAGCAGAUGGGCUUUGGACCAAGCCAAGUACAACCUUGUUAAUGAAUACUUUUUAGUUGGCGUCACGGAGGAACUUGAAGACUUCAUUAUGUUAUUAGAGGCAGCAUUACCUAGAUUCUUCAGGGGUGCAACAGAGCUUUACCGUUCAGGGAAGAAAUCCCAUCUCAGAAAGACUACAGAAAAGAAGGCCCCUUCGAAGGAGACAACUGCAAAGCUUCAGCAGUCUGACAUAUGGAAGAUGGAGAAUGAGUUCUAUGAGUUUGCUCUAGAGCAGUUCCAGUUUGUCAGAGCACAUGCAGUACGAGAAAAAGACGGAGAACUCUAUGUUCUAGCACAGAACUUUUUCUAUGAAAAAAUUUACCCAAAGUCGAACUAAGGACAGUAUAUGUUUAAUGGACUACACCUUUGUUCUUAGGACUUAAUUUCAGGCCAACAGACCUGGUAAUUGUGCCGCUGAGACGGUUCAUUAAUAGCUUGGUAUGGUUGUCAUCAAAUGAGCCAUAUCAAAUAUUCACCACUAAGAAACUGUGACCUUCACAUGAUAUCCAGCUAAACAACUCUGCCAACAGAUCAUGUCCAUGAGCAGAAACAAAAUUCAAAUCUGGACUUGCUUUAGCAAAGGAACACUGGAUGACGCCAGAUAUACACUGUACAGACAAAAUCACUUUUUAUUUUCAUUUAAAGAGAAACUGGUAUAGCAUUGAAUGGUGUGGUGGUGGUGGUGUUCUCAUUUCUGGGGAUCAUGUCCUCUGUACCUGCUUCAUAACAACCCUUUGGUGGUGCCUUUAUGCCAAAACUGUUUUGCCAUUAAGAAUAAUGCAUACCACCAGUCAUUCCUGUAGAGGGUUUUCCAAACACUUUACAGGGUUAGGCCAAUUAAAUACUAUAAUUGCAAUUCAAGGGAAAUAUACCCCA